AUGGCCCCUCUCUCCAAGACUUUCGCCCUUGCUGGCGCCUUCUUUGCCAUCGCUGGCUUUGCUCAGCCUCUUGAGCGCCGCGGGCCUGUCGUGUGGAAGACCGUCACCGAGGUCGACUGGACCACUGUUGAAGUCACCACCACCAUCCAGCCCACUCAGGUCACUUCGACUGCGACCCUGGUCCCGGUGUCCGCAUCUGCUGCUCCCACCCAGCCCGCUGAGAAGGAGAAGCAGCCCGAGCCCGCCACCACUUCCACUUCGACCCAGGCUCCCGCUCCGGCUCCGUCCUCGGAAGACUCGUCUCCUGCGCCCGAGCCUACCACGCAGCAGCCUGCUCCCGCUCCUUCUCCUGAGCCUUCGUCUGAGCCCGCUCCUGCCCCCGCUCCCGAGCCUUCUUCCACUUCGACCUCGACCGCCCCGGCUGAGACCAGCACUGGCGGUGGCAGCGGUGGCAGCGGUGGUAGCAGCAGUGGUCCCUGCUCCUCGGGCUCUCCCUGCACCGGCCAGCUUACUUUCUACGACACUGCUACCUCGGCUAGCGCCCCCAGCUCGUGUGGCUUCACCAACGACGGCGGCAAUGAGAGGGUCCUUGCUCUGCCCGUGGGCAUCAUGAAGGAUGGCGACUGCGGCAAGAUGGUCAAGAUCGAGUACGACGGCAAGACCACCCAUGGCAAGGUUGUGGACAAGUGCAUGGGCUGUGAUGACUCCUCGAUCGAUCUCUCGCGUGCACUCUUCGGCGACUUGGCUUCCGAGUCUGUCGGCCGUAUCCACGGUGCCAAGUGGUCCAUUCAGUAA